UUAAGCUGACACAUGUAUAUACAUAAUACAUAGUUUAUGAUAAGUAUAUAUUAUAGAGACUUUGUGCACGUUUUGCAAUGAUUUUGCACACAGUACACACAAUAAACGUAUUUGUACGUGACAUUAUAUUCGCUCGGGAAUUGAUGCUCUCUCUGUCUUUCGAUAAUUAUAUAUGUUAUAUAUUGCCCCGUUGCAACAUGAACGAUUCGUUCGUUCACUUGAAUCAGAGAGUCAACAGUUUAAUUAGUCAGACGGACUUUUUUUAAUCGGCCAAGGAAAAUAUAACGUGUACAGUACAUCCAACGAGACAUCCAUAUACAUAUGUAUAUUUUGUGUGCGACCAGAAUAUAAUAUGUGAUGUAUAUGCGCGUUUCGAGAUAAAAUAUAUCAUCAUCGUCACUUUGCUUUGUUUCGUAUUCUUCAAGUAUACCCAAACACAUACUUAGUGCAAUUAUAUAUGCACGAGUAAAACAGUGAAACGUAAAUCAUUCAUUUAUGUGCGUUGCAGCUUACACUUUACCUCAACAGAGGCGCGGUUCGCCACAUGAUCGGAGGAGAGAUGAAUCAAUGUGACAGAUGACGUCAUCGGAUGAAUUUUUUUUUUUCAACAGCCAGAACAGCAGACGCCUCAAAUGCGUACUGCGGGAGAGAAAGCGAAAUUGCAAAAAAGAGCAAAUUGUGAACAACACUGCAAUAAGUACCACGUGAUUGCAAUAACUCAAAACUCUCCUCCUCUCUCCGUUCAAAACUGUUCGCUCUUGAUAGUGUUAUAGAUGACUUGAGGUUCACCGUCGAAAAGCAAGUGCACUAUGCUCUACGCAAGCCACAAAUCAAAGCUCAGCCGAGGCUGCUGUGCCCCAAGCUGUAAUUGCAACUUCUCUCUAAACAACCGAAUCCAACCUGUUGUGAUCGUUAAUAUACUGCAUAACAUUCGAUUCUGAGAACAGACGACAACGACUCUUCGCAGCUGCAAGCUCCAGUGGAUAACUACGCUCCGGGCAGCUGCAUACUUAUAACAAGACCUGAAGACCUGUGUUGAAAAACAUGGAUUCCCUGAUUAAGGAAGCGGCUGCUCCCAUAGACAGCUUGUACCUCGCGUUGCUGCAAUGCUUUGGCAUCAUUUUGUGCGGAUAUGUCGCAGGGAGACUAGAAGUCAUCACGAGAUCGGAAGCCAAUGGCUUGAAUACGUUUGUUGGGACAUUUGCUUUGCCAUCGCUCAUUUUUCUGUCAAUGGCCAAGCUGGAUUUUACAACCGUUAAUUGGAGAUUUUUGUUAGCCGUGCUUUUUGCCAAAAGCGUAGUGUUCUUUGUGGUUCUGAUUGUUUCUAUAGUUAGUACAAAGCCAUACAAUUUCGGGCGAUCUGCUCUUUUUGCCAUAUUUACGACGCAGAGCAAUGACUUUGCUAUAGGAUACCCAAUGAUUAAUGCUCUAUAUGGUUCAACUCAUCCGGAAUAUUCGUUGUACCUCUAUCUAAUGGCACCAAUAUCGUUGGUUGCCCUGAAUCCGAUCGGUUUUGUGUUUUUAGAAGUAGCAAAGCGCCAGCAGGGGGAUGAAAAUCGGCCCCGAGGCAACAACACGCAAAUGCUCAAGGAAAUCAUCAAGGGGAUAGUCACCAAUCCUGUUCUAUUCAUGACUCUUCUUGGAAUCAUUGGGAAUAUUCUUUUCAAUCACAAACUUCCGCCCGUAAUUCAAGUGGUAUUGGAAGUAUUUGGUAAUGCGUUCUCGGCAACUGCUCUGUUUUUACUUGGUCUCAUGAUGGUCGGAAAAGUACACAAGCUCAAGGGCGUUGCUCUCGUGAUACCGGGAAUUCUCAUUUCUAUUAAGCUCUUGGUCCUUCCACUGAUAAUAAGAGAAUCUGUAGUCUUUUUAAAUGCCGGUCAAAAUACUACUGAAACGUCCGACUUGAGCACUUUUGGCUUUCUCUAUGGAACGAUUCCCACGGCUCCAGCUCUCUUCAUCUUCACUCUGCGUUACAACAUUGACAUAGACUUGAUCGCUUCAGCAAUGGUCGUCUGUACGUUUUUAUCGGCACCUUUGAUGUUCAUAUCGGCAAAAUUAAUCGAUGCCAUAGGAAACGGAGUAACUCCAUCGGAUUAUGCCAAAGAUUUGAAAUCGUUUUCAUUUGACACAAGCGCUGCUUCCGUAGCUGCUUGUCUUUGGUUGCUCAUUUGUUUCCUUGGUAUUAGAAGAAAAAGACUCAGAAGUAUAACUCAUAGAUGUACAUUUUCCUUAGUUCUAGCUCAGCUCAUAACUGGAAUCGGUGUCCUUAUUUGGACAAAAUUGGACAAUGGUAGCGUCGGAACUCUUAUAUGGUAUAUUCAAUUUUCUUUGAUAACAAUAGGUAUCUAUGCUAGUCGUUUAUGGACAGGAGCAAUUGGCUUGACUCUUCUGUUUUUAAGUUCUCAGUCAGUUACUUUUGUUGAAAAUUUAGAAAAAUGGUUCUGCAUAGUGUGUUGGGGGGUACCAUUUGUUGUAAUAAGUGUAAUAUGCUUUACUGUGAAUCCAACUAUUCCUUCAGAUGAUGAUCUUAGAAAUCCAAAUUUCCAGUUUGGUAGAGUACAUGCCGCUGUAACAAUAGUCCUUCUGAUAUUUUGUUUUGUUGUUACCAUUGGAUCCCUAGUAUUAAGGCAAAGGUACCAGCGGCGAAGCUUAACGUCUACACUGUACAGUAGCAGUUCAACUUCGGUAUUGGCAGAAUCCAACACUACAACAGUGAUAACCAGAAACGUAGUUGACGUAGAAGAUCUUUUAUCUCCUAUUGCAAAUGCACCUAACAAUACAUCAUCCAUUAACAUCGGUAAUAGCUGCUCAACUACUGGUUUGUGCUGUACUGACGACGUAGACUGCAGUACGGACUGCGACUCUGAUAACGAAAAUGAAGGAACUACUGUGUCGGAUCAUCAAACUUUGCGUCACCUCGUUCUCUUGAUCCUGUUGUUAUGUUCUAUGUUCAUAGGACUUGCUAUGACACUAGCGAUACUGGUAAUGGAAGAAAUGACCGGAAUUUUUACCGAACUUGCAUUUGUGGAUGUCGCUUUGAGUUUUGGACAGUCUCUCGUGGCAUUUGCUAUUUUUGGCGUUGAUUCCGGUUUUGGCAAAUUAGGCUGCUGGUUAACACAUUUAUUAGCUAAAUGGAGAAUGGAGAAAGAGCUUCAGCUCCCAGACGAAGAUUCUUUGAGUCCCGAAUCAAAAGCCAUACGCGAACAAUUCAAACGCUGCUAUUUAGCAAAGUGCCAGGCUCGAAUAGCAGCGUGUCGGAGGCAUCUGUUGCGCACCUACAAUGGAGUUUUUACUGGAAGUGAACUCGUAAACUGGCUUCUGGAAGCUGGUGUUGCCAAAGAUAGAGAAGAAGCGAUUUACUACUGUCGCUGUCUCCUCGAUAGCAGAGUAUUGAAUCACAUCGAUGGUACUCAACAUUUUCACGAUCGAAACCUCUUAUACACGUUUCGAGCUUGAUCAAUAAGUCAGAGAAUUAAAAUAUGUGUUUUGCUUAACCAAUGAGAGUAAACUAAGUAAUUUAAAAAAUGUUUGGAUCAAUGUUUCGUCAGAUGCUUCUUUUUUAAGUCAGCUUGAUAAAUUUGUCUACAGACAUCAAUCAUUUUUCAAAAGUUUUAAAACAUUGGUUUUACUUUUAGUGCAUGGAAAAUUUUUGAAAGAUUUUUUUAGAUAUUAAUUUUUUUUUAUGAUCUCGAUAAAUAUUGCAAAUUAUGAAAGGUUGAUAAGAUGUGGUUGUCUAUUGCCUUGUUAGAUGCAAGCACUAGUUCCUAUAAUUUCUGUAUUCAAGAAUACAUUGUUUAAAGUAUUUUAUUUUUUUAACGAACAAAAGUCUGCUUUAGCAUACUACGUACUAUAUUAUUUUUAUAAUUAUACUUGGCCAAGUGUAAAAUGUGAUAAUAGAUGGACAUACUUUGUUAAAAAAAAUAUAUUUUUUAUUCGUUUGAGGAGGAUAAUCAGAGAAAUGAUGUAUACUGCAAGAGGCUAAGUAAAAGUUUUUAAUAUAUGUAUAUAUACAGGAAUAUUUUAUCACAUAAUUUUAUUUCAAAUCCGUGACCUCUGUUAUAGGUCAAUGUGUCUCGAAUUAGUUUUCUUGUUUGAAGAAAGUGAAAGAAAUGAAAGUAUUUUAUAUGAAAGAUGUGUCAACGAAUGUACAUGAACAAAUUAUAAUAAAUACACGACAGAAGAUAUAA